GGAAAGAGAGGUAGAAAACCGGCAAAACUUGACGUGAGGAUGAAAUUAGAGAGAAGUCAACAGUCAGCCAGGGAGUGUAGGGCCCGGAAAAAACUGAGGUACCAGUACCUGGAAGAGUUAGUGGCUAGUAGGGAAAAGGCUAUUAUUAUUUUGAAGAAGGAACUUGAAAUGGUUAUUUAUUGUUAUUAUUAA